AUGGCGAUAAAAAGCGAUGGCACCACGCUGUAUCUUACUCGCGACAUUGCAGCUGCCAUUGACCGGCAGCGCGAAUACUCGCCGUCGCAAUCUUUGUAUGUGGUUUGCGCGACACAGUCUUUUCACUUUGAACAGCUAUUUGCCAUCCUGGCCAAGAUGGGAUUCUCCUGGGUGCAAAACCUAAAGCACAUCAAAUACGGAACAGUAAAUGGCAUGUCCACCCGGAAUGGCACGGUUGUGUUUUUGGAAGACAUUUUGGAUGAGGCAUACAAGACCAUGCACGAUGUGAUGAAGUCGAAUCCAAAGCGGUACUCCGAAAUUGAAGAUCCAGAGGCCGUUGCAAAUGCUCUCGCCAUUUCUGCCAUCGUGGUCCAAGACUUUUCUGCCAAGAAAAUCAAGGACUACGAGUUUUCCAUGAGCAGGAUGACCUCGUUUGAGGGCGAUACGGGUCCGUUCCUCCAAUACACGCAUGUCCGCCUCUGCUCGAUUGCAAGAAAAGCCACACCGGACACCAUGGCCAUCUCGCCAGACUCAAACCUGAUUCGAUCUGAAUUGGGCGAAAACGGAUUGGUCCUGCAGGUGGCAAAGAAACUUGCCCUGUUCCCAUUGAUUGUGACCGAUUCGUGCCAGAAUCACGAGCCAAACACACUUGUCACCUAUCUGAUGUCGCUCUCCCAUAGUCUCUCUUCGCUGCUGGAGCAGCUCCCAGUGCUGCAGGCGCCAACACCGGAGGCAGCGAGUGCUCGCCUUGCCUUUUUCUCGGCUGCCCGUCAGGUGCUCGCCAAUGGGAUCAUCCUGUUGGGCUUGCCUCUUCUCAAGCAUAUGUAG